AUGAGUGCUCUCCAAAAAGCUUGGGAUGAUGCUCAGCCUCGUCUUCAAUCCAUAAGAGAAUCUGUCCAGUCGCUUGCACCCCCACACGCACGAAUAUUACGCGUUGGUCAACUUGAUGCAGAGCUCUUGGACCAGGAGUUGGUUCAUCUACUACAGGACCCCCUUACCAAGGCUCUCGCGUCGAUCCAUAGCACAUUCAGGUCGCGAUUUGAGCCUGAGCUAUCGCUGCUCAUACAGCUCACCCUCUACAAACUCUCUGUAUGGGACACUGGUGCUUCUUACGGUGCCAGACUUCAAGAACUGAAGUACUUGGCCACUAAGAGACGUUCAAAUUGUCUAACACGUCUAGCAUCCGGGAUAUCUGCUCCAAUUCUGGCCAUCCACGGAGCCCUUACCAUAUUUGUUCCAUACCUACACGCACGAAUACGAACGCAUGCUCUCUCAAAAGCGUGGCCUGAUGCUCCUAGCUCGGAUAGACGACGAAAAGCAUGGGAGCUCCUUACAGGAGUAGAGUCGACACAUGCUUUCUUCUCGCUACUAAGUUUUGUGGCAUUCUUGUGGGAUGGAAGGUAUCGAACACUGGUUGACCGACUACUGGGCUUGCGACUGGCACCAGCACGCCGCCUAGUGAAGCGCGAUGUCAGCUACGAAUUCAUGAACCGUCAGAUGGUGUGGCACGCAUUCACAGAAUUUCUCCUAUUCAUCCUCCCCUUACUACCACAUCGCACAAUGCGCCGCGUCGUCUCAACGACGAUAUCCUCCAUAUCUCAUCCCCUGGACACACUGUCUCGCGUCCUUCCAACCCCAGCAAAAUCUGCGCUCGGCAUCUCUUCCUCGUCCGAUCUACCAGAAGACGACCCUUCAUCGCCGAAACGCGGCCCGUUCUUUAACCUACCCGAGAAUGAAUGCGCAAUCUGUGCCGAAAAUGCUGCUCUCAAUCUUGACCUUUCCAAUCCCGCAGCAUCCAUGGCUCAAGCAAGUUCUCAAGUCGCUUACUCUAUGGCUUCCACCCAAGGGCCAUCGAGACAUUCUUUGACCUCAGCACAUGACGACACGGAUGAACCACCACCCCAUCCUCUCAACACUCCCUAUCGUACAUCUUGUGGUCACGUCUAUUGCUACGUCUGCAUCUCGGAUAAGAUGCUCCGAGCAGCAGACGAGGCAGGUCCGCCUUGGGAUUGCCUUAGAUGUCGCGAGGCUGUUCGGGGUGCAGAAAGAGUCAAAGUGCAAGAGCAUUGGAUCAGAGAGGGAGAUGAUGGAGAAGGCAGUGUUGCGGAAUCGCAGUGGGGGAGUGAUUAUUUCGAUGAGUUGGGAAGUAGUGUUAGUGGUGUCAGUGGGAUGACUAUGGGCAGCAGGAGCUGGAUUAGUGGCAGUGACGAAGGCUCAGAGUGA